UCUGCAAACCAGUAAAACAACUUCAGCCCAAAGUUUCCUAAGAAAAGCAUCAGACUGUUAAUCAUGGUCAUUAGCAACAUUUAUACUAAGAAAUAUUUUAAGAUAUUGUUCAAUGCCUUUGCGAUAAGGGAGGGACAUGACAACACAUCAUCAUCGAUCGAACAACAUAAAAGCAGCCACAGAGAUCCUAUGAAGCACAGCUUUGGAGACGGAGCGAAGACUAGCGAAACACAGUCUGCCUGCCAUCCCAACACGAGUGAUCGACCGACAGAGAUGGGAGACAAAAAGGUGAUUUUCAGUGCAGUGGCAGAGCAUGGUGGGCCCUAUGGACCCUUCAACACAGACAAAACUGUGGUUUUCAACACAGUGAUUACAAACCUUGGUGGUGCCUACAAUAACACUACAGGUAUCUUCAGUGCUCCUGUUGCAGGUUUUUAUUAUUUUACCUUCUUCUAUCAUGCUGGAGGAGAACAUAAAUCAGUGCUGUUGCUGUUCAAGAACUGCGACCUCAUUGUCAGGACAUCUGAUCACAAAACAAGCUCUGACACAGCUGAUAAUGGAGGAAAUGCAGUAUUCGUGCAGCUGCAGAAAGGGGACGAGGUGUACGUAUCCCUGGCAAAAGAUUCUCAUGUUUGGGCAGACGAACGCCAUACCACCUUCAGUGGUUUUCUGGUCACUCAACUGUGAGAAUCGAUGAUUUCAGAAAGAUGAUUCUAAAAACCUGAGAUCAUCGAUGCAUCUACUAUGUUACUAUUAAAAUUUAAAUUUAGAUUAAAACAGAUGCCAAGACAAAUUUAAUAUAUCAUUAAAACAUUAGACCAAUGAGUCUUGACUGUUUCAUGUCAUGUGACAAGAAACAUCCAAAUGUAAUGGUCCACAGAGGAUCAACCCCAUUCAUUUUGGACACUGCAUGAGCUUUCCUCUCAUACCACCCUCAGGUCCACAUGUCAGUUUUGUACACACGAUAUCACAUGUACUAUUAGGCAAUUUGGCCAAAAUCGUGCUAAAAUUGUGUCAUCUUCCCCAAAACCCAUUUGAUAUUACAUAGCCUGUGGCCUUUCCCUUUUCACCAUCCACAGGGGAAACUAAAUCAAAAUGGCCAUUUUAUUGUUGGUUCUGUCCAACACUUGAGGGGAACAAUACAACAGCUUACAACAACCUUAGACAGGUUGGAUGUUUCCAAAUGUUUCCUUUUUACGAGAGGCUCAGUGGGGUUACCUUGGUUUUGCACUUCUGGUCAGAUGCUAACUGCAUUUCGUUGGCUAUGUACCUGAACUUGCUCAUUGACAAGAAAGUUGAAUCUAUUCUACAAUAAUCUAAUUAAUUUCAGCAGAUAAAAUUCAAAUAUUGAAUUACUGAUCUCAGACUGUAUGUGAGGGAAAUUCCUGUCAUAAUCAUGUUUUUUCCAAUCUAAUUCAGCUUUUGCUAGCAUGAAUAGAUGUGUCUUAUAUAUCCACCAUGAUAUUACAAUGCUUAAGUUGUUGGGAAACUAAAUACAAGUAAACUCAUUAUAAAAGAGUUUAGCCUGGAGGGGGGGUUGAAACCUCUUCCUGUGUACAUGUGCUCUGAAUGUUGAUAAUAUAUCUGUACAACAACGGGAUGUAUGUGUGGAGGAGUUUAAGGAGUAGGUGCAGGUGGCAGAUGUUUGAGAUGUUGUGAGGUACGAAGGAUAAGAGAAGAACAAUGUCUUGACCAAGUAAAGAAAGGUCGAAUAACACCUUGAGCAAAAUCCUCUUGUUGUUGGCUCCAGUUAAUGUUAUCUCAAAGUACUAGAAGAACCGAGGAGGGACUGCCUCUCCUCAUAUCUGUGUAAUGCUGAUGAUGGCUCUUGCUUGCAAGCAAUAAAGAUUGACUGAGAAUCUGAA